GUAGACUAUGGAAUGAAUUUCAAUCUUCCUUCUUAUUGACAUGUUUUCUUAGACGAAAAUCGAUGUAUUAACUGAUUUAAAUCACUACUUGUGAAUCCUGCCUGGAAAAUACCAAGAGAUUAUUCCAUGUGCAACACCAGGACUGUUUUCAGAAUGAAUGCGCAUUCAACAGCCGUUGCCACCAUAGAUAUUGAGCUGGAUUUGGACAUCGCUACGGAUAUAGAUGUGACCACGGAGAGCGGCGACGAAGACGUCGAUUCGGAAGUGGAUCAGCGGGAUGAGGUGUGGGAGAAGCUGCGGCGCCUGCAAGCGGACCAUGUGUGGAUCCGGGAGGAGCUGAUGCACCUGCAGCGCCGCAUGGUGACACAGUGCUUGGCCAGGCAGCGACGCGCGUACCAGAUCAUGAAGCAGAUGCAGCAGCUCCUGUGUCGGCUGCAGGUGAAAUAUGGUCGCACCUGGGGCCAGUAGAAGACAUACGGCUCUGGGGCACUGGGGAUUCCCGGAACCGGGCCUCUAGUGUCAACACUUUAAGGCAGGCGACUGAUGUGUCGAGUGGUUCAAGAGGCUCAAAAUGCAAAAUUACAUGUGCCAGGGUGACUGCGAGUACUUACACGUUUCAAGCUUGUUGUGAAAAGUUAAAUACACAAAGUUGAUGAAUUGAA